GCUGAGUGAUGGUUGCACAGUGUACUGGAUUUUUCUCCCACUCUGCCCCUCCUCCCUUCGUGGAGGUAGACUUUGUUUGGAGAUUGGAUGGGCAUGGGUCUGCUUGGGGAAGUGUUGCUGCGGGAGCUCAAGCAUCCAAAUGUUAUUUCUCUGCAAAAGGUGUUUCUUUCUCAUGCUGACAGGAAAGUGUGGCUUCUCUUUGACUACGCUGAGCAUGACCUCUGGCAUAUAAUCAAGUUUCACAGGGCUUCUAAAGCAAACAAGAAACCAGUUCAGUUACCUCGGGGAAUGGUGAAGUCACUGUUAUAUCAGAUCCUAGAUGGUAUUCACUACCUGCAUGCUAACUGGGUGUUACACAGGGAUUUGAAACCUGCUAAUAUUUUAGUUAUGGGUGAAGGUCCUGAGCGAGGAAGAGUAAAAAUUGCUGACAUGGGCUUUGCCCGAUUAUUUAAUUCACCUCUGAAGCCUUUAGCAGACUUGGAUCCCGUAGUUGUAACAUUCUGGUAUCGAGCUCCAGAGUUGCUUCUUGGAGCAAGACAUUAUACCAAAGCUAUUGAUAUUUGGGCCAUAGGGUGUAUAUUUGCAGAGCUGCUAACAUCAGAGCCAAUAUUCCAUUGUCGACAAGAAGAUAUCAAAACUAGUAAUCCUUAUCAUCAUGACCAGCUGGACAGAAUAUUCAAUGUAAUGGGAUUUCCUGCAGAUAAAGAUUGGGAAGACAUAAAGAAGAUGCCUGAACAUUCAACUUUAAUGAAAGAUUUCCGGAGAAACACGUAUACCAACUGCAGCCUUAUCAAAUAUAUGGAAAAACAUAAAGUUAAACCAGAUAGUAAGGCAUUCCACUUGCUUCAAAAAUUGCUCACUAUGGAUCCAAUAAAGAGAAUUACCUCAGAACAGGCUAUGCAGGAUCCCUAUUUCUUAGAAGAUCCUCUUCCCACAUCCGAUGUUUUUGCAGGUUGUCAAAUCCCUUACCCAAAACGAGAAUUUUUAACAGAAGAAGAACCAGAUGAUAAAGGAGACAAAAAGAACCAGCAGCAGCAGCAGGGCAAUAACCAUACUAAUGGAACUGGUCAUCCAGGGAACCAAGACAACAGUCACACACAGGGACCCCCACUGAAAAAAGUGAGAGUUGUUCCUCCUACCACUACCUCAGGUGGACUUAUUAUGACCUCAGACUAUCAGCGUUCCAAUCCCCAUGCUGCCUACCCCAACCCCGGACCAAGCACAUCACAGCCACAGAGCAGCAUGGGAUAUUCAACUACCUCCCAGCAGCCACCACAGUACUCGCAUCAGACACAUCGGUACUGAGCUGCAUCCCAAUAACGUCAAUGCACUGUUGCUAAUGCUGCAGGACUGGCCGCACAGCUGCCUGCCUGGAACCCGGCUUGGGCCACGAGAAUGUACUGUAAAACCACACCUCCAACCUGUCCGAUCGCCACGAUCCACCCCCUUCCACAGAGCGGAGUAGUGGCUCCCAAAUUGUACCUGUUUUUGGGGUUAGACUUGAAAAGAAAGUGCUAGCACAGUUUGUGUUGUGGAUAUGCUACUUCCAUAGUUUACUUGACAUGGUUCAGACUGACCGAUGCAUUUUUUUCAGUGACAGUCUGUAGCAGUUGAAGCUGUGAAAUGUGCUAGGGGCAAGCAUUUUUGUUGUCGUAUGUGGUGAUUUCUCUUGAUGUAACAACUUUAUCUGACCAAUAGUACACAACAUCUUUGAACUGGUACUUGAAGCAUACAGUAUAUGUUACCAUGGCAAAAAAGCAAACUAACCGUGACUCCAAUUGAGACAAUUUUGAUAGACAUUUAUUUUUAGUGACUUUUGUGGGUUGGUUCAUUUUUCACCUAGAUCAAUGGUUUAUGGCUGACAUGAUUGCUACAAUGAGAAUUAUUUUUUUUUUAAGAACAUGAAAACAUUUACAUUUUUUUCCAACCAUUACAAAUGUCCCAAAGAUUAAUUUCCAACAUAAGUUUUUGGUUUUGUUUUUAAAUCUAUGACUUGACUGGUAUUAAAGCUGCUAUUUGAUAGUAAAAUAAGUAUGUUGUCAUUGAUAUAAACAUGUUUGGUUCAGCAAACAAACUAAAAUGAUUGUCAUAGACAGUGUUUUAUUUUUUUUUUUCCUGUUGGUGUUAAUGAUUUGUGAGCAUGCUUUGGGAUUAAAAAAGCAUGAAUGAUAUUUCCUAAAAAGGUGCGGCAUACAUUCAGAUAUUUCAUCAUGAUUUUUGAGAACCAGCUUGGUGUAGUGUAUUUUAAAUUUUGUUCAGUUGAUUAUUUUUUUAAAUGUUCGCACGUUGUUUAGGGGUGCCAUUCCUACAGCAGAGGAUCAAGGUGUUAGGAGAGCCUUAGAAUUUAUGAGGAAAAAACUUACAUACAAUGUACUGUAUCAAACUAUUUUACAUGAAUGACACAAGUAUUCUGAAUUUAAAAAAAAAAAUCAAACAUUGUUAAAACAAGGUGUUAUGUAAUAAAUUUAUUUUUCAUAAAUCUGCA